GCAUUGGUGAAAACAAAUAAGGUAAGAAAACUUAUAAAUACUUCUCUGUAUACUGUAAGAUGAUAGAUGUAUACAAGUAUAGGUGAUACAUGUUUUUGCAGCAUUAGUGCCUAAAAAAGAAAAUAAGUUUUAUUGAAAACCUGAAAAUGAAGGGAAAAUUUAUUCUAGCAAAAGAAAAUUUCAUGAUUCAGUGCAAACUUUUUUUUUUUGCAGAGGCAGCAGGACUGUGACUUGCACUUACACAGUCAGCAACUGGAAAAAUGCCAGGUUCUAAAAGUAACUUGGUAUCUUCACAUGAGGAUGUUAUAAAUGAUACGUCGGACUUGAGUGAAAUUAAAAUUUCAGAUGAAAAAGGAUCCGUUGCAAAAAGAACAGUGACUCUGAUUGAGAAGGAUGGCUAUCCUGACUCUGUAUACAUGAAUGCAGCUAAGAUUUUUCAAGGCAUUCGUACUGAAAAGAGUAAGGAUAAAAUGCUGGUGCGGUACGGCGAUAACUCAGAACCUCCCGUGCUAGCUUUUAAAGAUGAGCAUUCCAGGCGUGUAUCUUAUGAACUGGCUUUCAGUGCUCUAAAAUAUCAAGAUCUUCUUGAAGAAAUAUUGUUAGAUAGUGGUGUUUACCCAUGCCAGUCAAUACCGGAUGAGUUGACCAGCUUGCUUGUUGUGAUGCUUUAUGACCUACAAGACCGAAAGUUUGAAGCACGAAAGAUUUUUGAUGAAGAGGAACCUGUAGAAGAAGUUCAGGAAAUAGGGCAUUAUUUAUAUAGUCGUAGGACCAAAGCGGCAGCUGCGCUGGCACGAUGUCACAUUAAAUACGAUGCUCUUUCAAUUGAACACUUUGUACCAGAAACCAUAUGGAAGCAGGAACAAAGAGUUUCUGCUUUACCUUUCUAUGUUUGGAUAAACACAUUUAAAAUAAGCCUUGAAGAUGUUAUCAGAGAUUUGGAGACGAAGGGACUCACAAAGGUUGAAUCCGUGUCAGACUUUGACCAUUAUACAUAUGCCAUGGACCAACAUUGCCAUGAUGUAUUGGUUUUUCCUUCCUCUCUUAAAGAAGAAUUGCUUAAUUUAGAUCUUUUUGCAGAUUGCAAACUCUUACUGCAGGAUAAGUCUCGCAGCCUUGCAGUACACUCUGCACAGGCGCUGCUGAAUGCAGGUGAUGACAUUAUAGUGGCUCACACAGGUUCCUAUCUGACCAUUGCCCAUAUGUCAGUGCUGACAAAUCAUGGCAUGUCCACAAUUUUCGUUUGUGGUGUGAAAUCUUCAGCAAAAGAAGAAGAACUGAGGAAUAUUUUCAGUCAUAUGGGAUGUGAAAAUAUUCAGUUGUUGCAUGAAGACUUUAUUGAGCUUGAACCAACAGACCGAAGACUUCAAAAGGCAAAAGUUAUUUUGCUGCUACCACAAUGCUCUGGACUGGGUGUUGGCAAUCCAAUGGAGUUUAUUUUAAGUGAACACAGAGAUGCAGGGUUGCUACGAGACCUUUUCCAGGGAUUUGUGUCUGAGGAUAAACUCAGUAUUCUUGCUGAGAGGCAGCUUAACGAGUUGAUUCAUGCACUGAAAUUUAACAAAGUACAAGCUAUUGUUUACUGCACUUGUUCAGUUUACCCACAAGAAAAUGAACUAGUAGUGAAAAAAGCACUGGAAUCUGGAGUGGAAGGAGAUAAAGGACAACCAUAUAGGCUUAUUCCUCCUGUUUUUUCUACUUGCUCCAAUUCAGAGGCUUCCACUGAAAUUUUUUUCAAAAUGGAGCCAUCAGAAAUUUCCAGUGGCUGCUUUGUAGCUGUUCUAGAAAGAGAGAAAUAUUCUUCUAAAAAAGUGCCUGCUAAAGACAUUUUGGCUUAUGCUGCAGAAAAAGGACUACUAGAUAGCAUUUCUGAAGAAAAACCAAAAGAAGAGAAAAAGCAGAAAGUAAAACGGCGUAAACGUAAUGUUACUGGUACUGAUAGAAAGCCAAAGGCUGCAGAGCCCCUUCACCAUCAAACUGGAGCUCAUGUUAAGGCUGAAGUUCCUGUGUCUAAAGCAGUCAGUGACACACAACAAAAGCAUGUGCCCAGAACAAAAGCAGUCAGUGACACAGAAAAGCAUGUGUGCAGAACAAAACCAGUCAGUAAAACACAACAAAAGCGUGUGUGCAGAGCAAAAGCAGUCAGUGACACACAACAAAAGAAUGUGGGCAGAACAAAAGCAGUCAGUGACACACAAAAGCAUGUGUGCAGAACAAAAGCAGUCAGUAAAACACAACAAAAGCAUGUGCCCAGAACAAAAGCAGUCAGUGACAUACAACAGAAGAACGUUCAGAACAAAAGCAGUCAGUAGUACAGCCGUGCCUAAAGCAGUCCGUGAAAUACCUGUGUCUAAAGCAGUCAGUAACACACAAGAACGUGCACCAAACAAACAGCCACGUUCAGCUGAGGAAAUCUGCCAACCCUGAUUCACACACAGCUGUGCCUGAAGUGCC